UGAAGGAGCAGGGCUGGGCGGCGGGCUGGCAGCAGCAGCACCAUCGCUUUUCAUAAUCCUCCAAAUAGCCUGUCGGAUGCUGAUUGUCCGUAGAGGAGCACCAGAAGGAUGCAUUAAGGGUCAAAGGUGAGCUCGCGAGGCAGAGAUGAGUCUGACUUCCUGGUUCCUAGUGAGCGGCGGGGGGACGCGUCAUCGUCUCCCCCGGGAGAUGAUCUUCGUGGGGAGGGAUGACUGUGAGCUCAUGCUGCAGUCUCGCAGUGUGGACAAGCAGCACGCUGUCAUCAACUAUGAGCCGAAUACAGACGAGCAUAAAGUGAAGGACCUGGGCAGCUUGAAUGGGACAUUUGUCAAUGAUGUCAGAAUACAGGAGCAAAUCUACGCCACUCUGAAAAUUGAUGACAAAUUGAGGUUUGGAUACGAUACCAACCUGUUCACUGUCGUUCGAGGGGAGCUGCAUAUUCCAGAGGAGGCCCUCAAGCAUGAAAAGUUAAGCAGCCAGCUGCAGAUGAGCCAGAAGAAACCUCCAGAGAAGGAAUCGUGUAAAUCUGAGGCAAAACCCUCCAAGGCAGCAGCGGCAGCAGUGUGUGAGGGGGCAGCUGCUAAGUCCCCUGAGGCCAGCAGGGUGGAGGAUAAGACACCAGGGGACGUCACAGCGUUGCACAGAAUCACACCCCUCUAUGGCCAGCCCGCCUGGUGGGGAGAUGAAGAAGGUAAUAACCAGAAGACCGGGAGGCCCGAGGAGAAGAGCUCAGAUCGGAAGCGAGAGAAAGCUGAAACAGACACCAAGAAAAGUGCAGAGGUCCCGAAGUUUGCCCCGCAAUCAGCGUCCAAUCAGGAGCCUAGCUACUUUGAGAUCCCAACCAAGGAUACUGCCUCAGCAGGUAAAGUGAGUGAUGAAGCCCCCUCACGAGAACAAGAGGCUGGUGCUUCUUGUGCCACAGACACCAUCCAUGGCCACGCCUCCUUUACCAUUGAGUUUGACCCCACAGCAACAGGUAAAGUGACCGUCAAAGAUCGAGUGGGGAAGGUGGGACCGGAGACCAGGCCGCGUCCUAAAAGGGCUGUCGGGGAGGAGUUGAGUCCACUUCAGACAGCCAUGGUGGCUGCGGAGGUCAAAGUUGCUGACUGGCUGGCCCAGAACGAGCUGCCGUUGACUCUUAAAGACACGGUUGUGGAGGAUGAUGGGGAAAGUGUGAAGAGUGAUGUGCCUGUACAACUGAAGAGUCUUAAAGGCAGUAAACAUGAGGACGGUACUCAGAGUGACUCAGAGAACGCACUUGGAGGGCAGCGCAGGGCCGCAACAAUGGAGGAACGCUCGUGGGGGCUGUGGGGCGGUGCAGGGAUGAAGAUCAGAGAGGGUCGAGCUAACGUACCAGAGGGGCUCUUCGCAGAGGAGGACAGUCCUGCUCGGCGUCGCAAGUCUUCGACUUCUAAAGUAGCGAGUGGAUUUGUGGAGAGGCGACGCGUAGAGGCGACACAUCAGCAGAGUGGCCACGAUGAGUGCUAUCAACAUGGGGAUGAUUAUAGUGACAGGGGCACCUAUACCAUUGAGGUGGAGAAUGGAGAUCACGAAGAGGAAGAGGCGAGGAAAAUGAUCGACAAGGUGUUUGGUGUCGAUGAGCAGGAGGGUGUGUGUGUGUCCAGGUUGGGGGGUGCUGACCAAAGAGAGGUGCUCACCUCCCAGAGGACCGGUACCGGAGACAGAGGAAAGCCUGGACGCAUGGAGACCGAGGUGCUAACUGAGGAACUGAUGGUGGGCGGUCCUCGCUGGGUCUCGCAGUGGGCUACUCUGGCUGCCAGUCACAUUAGGACAGACCCUGAGGGAUCAGGAGGGGAGAGUCACAUCAUGGUCACAGAGGACAGAGCUGAAAUAAGUGAGUCCAGCCACUCGGCCUCCUUUGCCUCGUCUGGCUACACAGAGCGUAAGAGGAGAACCCUGCCCCAGCCGCCUGGUGAGGAGCUCGCCCUGGGAAGGAGGACUCCAGGUUCAGGCCUGCGUACAGAUAUGGGGGAGAAACAGGACACAGAGCUACAGGAGAAGGAGAGCCAGGGGGAUAAGAUGACCAGGGGAAGGAAUCGGCCCAGUCAUUGCACUGGAGGUGUGGGCAGUCACGGUGGUAGCCCCAGUCGCUCCUCACCAGCCAAGUCGCAGGACAGUGCUGGCGGUAGAUCAGGCCAGUCAGGUGUGUUGGCCAAGCUCCCCCCUCGUCCAUUGACCAGUGGGGAGAAAAGAAUGGACGAGGCACAGCGGAGGAAAAAGGAAGAGGAGAAGGCCAGGGAAAGUAGUGGGAAACCAUUGUUCAGGCAGGAGAGUUUUACUGUGGAGAAACCAAGCUCCAACAUGCCCAUUGAGCUCAGACCUCGUAUCGAAGGGCUCACAGGCAACAGAACUCAGAGUCGGGAGGCUGGCAUCGAGAGCGCCUCUCUGCAGAAAGACUCAGAAGCUGUGGCAGCGUUUUUAGAGACGACUGUGUCGGACCAAGGUGAUCCACCAAGUCAGUCCAUUGAAGGCUCCAUGUCACCAGAGUCAGACGUGGACACGACCAGCACAGUAAGCCAGGCUGACGGAGCGAGAAAGGUAAUCCAGAAACGGCGGACUCUUGCAGGGCAGCAGAAGGAGAGAACAGUAUUGUGCUCAUCCGGCAAAGGCCCUGCCGGGGGCCGAGAGACCCAGGACAGGAGGGUCAAGACCAGGGCAUCUGGACCUCCUCAACGCAGCCGCCCCUGGACUUCCCUGGACCUCACGGAUGAUGAUGUCAACUCAAACUCACUUCUCUCUGACUCCCAGCCCACCUCUAAACAGGAAUCUAAAGGCUCACAUACCAGAGCCCAGACUGGGAGCAAAACAAUGGGCGCUAGCACCAAGUCUAGUCGGGCUAAAAUUAGCCAGGCCCAAGCCUCCUCUGCAGCCAGUAAAGCCACCAAUGUUCCCAAACCUAGGCCCACCAGGGCGUCCCUGCUGAGGCGAGCCCGGAUGGGGGAUUCCUCAGACACUGAACCUGCUGAUCUCGAUCGGAUGUCAGUAGCUUCUGAGGCCUCCACUGCAAGUUCCACAUCUAGGACAGGAAUGGCAAGAAGGGGAAUGUCCAGGAUAGAGGCUCUGGCUCAGCCGAGGAAGCCGAGGGUGGGCUCCCCGUCAGCCCAGAGUGAUUCAGAGGCCACUGUGACAAGGGGUAGAGGUCUAGGGGCCCGUAGUGCUGCAGGUGAUUAUGCCAUCAGACAAGGACUGAGAGGGUCUCAUAUGAGCUCAGUGUCUGGACCCAGAGCUCGGGCUAACAGUGCCUCAAAGCUGCCUGACAAAAAUAAAGGCACCCCCUCCUAUGGACAUGUCACACCUGCAUCUGGCACUCGGUGGCGGCGUGUGCCUGUGGAUUAUGCUUCCACCUCAGAGGACGAGUAUGGCUCAAACCGCCAUAUAUCCAAGCAGAGCCAAACACGGCCGUUCCCUUCCACUCGAGUAGCCCAGCUAGGAGGUUCAGCCCCGACAACUCCUAAUCCUGCAGGCCUCUCUGCCCUGAGGCAACACUCCAAGGAACAGGACGAGUAUAUGAGAGACUGGACAGCACACAGCGAGGAAAUAGCCAGGAUUAGCCAAGACCUAGCCAAAGACCUCGCCAUGCUUGCCAGAGAAAUUCAUGAUGUGGCAGGAGAGAUCGACUCAGUCAGCCCUGCAGCCACCGACCCUGGAGCUCUGAUGGAGGAGCGUGUAUUUGAUGACAGCUUGGACCCGAGCGACCCUUCUGCAGAGCACAAUAGCAGUGUGGAAACCAACGGGCGCUCUGUUGAACUUCGACCCCGAAUCUCUAGUGGACAGAGCUCCCGUUCCAUCCGCCGACAGACAUGGAAUAGAGACGAUGCGGUGUUGGACAGUUUAUUACUGGCAUCUGUCACUCAGCUCUCAACGAGGAUACGUCAGUCUGUUGACAAAACAGCCUACAAAAUAAGAAUCCUCUUCAAGGAUAAAGAACGAAAAUGGGAAGAGAUUGAGAAUAAACUGCAGGCAGAGCGCGACUCUUUACUACUCAAGAGCUCCAAUAAGGAGAUUUCAACAAUUAUCCAAGACCUUAGGAGAGUGGAGAAACAACUGCUCGUAAUCGACAUGAUGGUGGACCCUGACGGCACCUUGGAUGCUCUGUCCAAUCUGGGACUGACCAGCCCUCUGGCCGACCAGAAGAUGAUCCCCGGGACUCAGCAGGGGGCGUCCGUGCUGCACCCUGGAGCUGAAGCUUCCUCCAGCACACUCUCCAGGCCUGAAAGACGGGCCAUUGAACCCUGCGGACCUUCAGACCAUGCAGAGGUGGCAGAGCGAGACCCAGGGCCCCAACAGAGCCCUAGAUCUUACAACUGAUAAACCAAGGACAUACUUCAGAGUGCAUCCUUUAUGUUGGAUGUAUCCUCAAGGUGUGAGGUUAGAAGAUGUUGAGGUAUUUGGUUUCAGACAAAGGAGGAAAGAGGAAGUAGAGUGAUGCCUAUUCAGUGGGGAAGCCCCACUGCCCUAACUGUCAAUCAAAUUGACUCGUGAUAGGACUGUGUAAAAGUUCAACACUACCAAAUAGCAGCUCUUGUCAUAUAUACAAUAUGAAAACAUAACAGUAUUGAUCGGUGGGUUUAUGAAGAAGAUAUAACAUAAUAUACAGUGAACCAUAUGUGGUUUUGUGUUGCAGCUCAUUGUUAUUAUCCAUUGCCUACGGAAGCCCUGAGAGGCAAAAAAAAUGUUUCGCCAGGAAAAUCUUUCUAAACAUUUUUUAGGUGUCUUUUUCACCUGUGAAACAUGUGGGAACAUUUGUUGAAAAAAAGGUACUUUUUUUCAUCUGUGAAAAGAUAAAAGUUUGGCAGGUGAUUUUUUUAUUUUUGUCAAGAUAUUUUUCUAAGUUUGUCAAAACAUUUUUUAACCCGUUUUCACAGAUAAGUAACAUUUUUAGUAAAAUGAUCCUUACAAAACAUUUUUUCACUUGUUCUUAAGUCAUAAACUAUAAAAAAACUAAAACAUUAUCAGACUUUUUUCUCACUCUCAGGGCUUCCAAACUUAUCCUCAAACCCUCAACCUUUUAAAAAAGAACAGAUGUAAAUGAUGAGAGGAUUUAAUGUUAAAGAUAAACUUUCCAAAUUCCUGCUCACAUUUUUCCUCUGUUUCUUUUUUUACAAGCCUUGAAAUCUUUCUUUGCAAAUCAUAAGCUGACUUAAUGCCAAUGCCUAAACUAGAAAGGUGCAGAGGUGUCAAAAAUGCAGAAGUAUGUGUGAAAAGUGUUCUUCUAACCUGCCAUAGAUUUAUUUAUAAAAAUAAAUAGAUUGUUGGCCUGUUGCAAUUGCAAUCCCCAAACCUGCCUCAGUAAUGAUUUUCCAUCAGAAAAGGGCCACAUUGAUUAUUUGCUGAGAAAAGAACUGGGUAUGUACAGUAUGCACCAUUGUAAAUGUUUAUUAUAGUUAAACUAAAAACUCCCAUCCAUGCCUUUUUUACCUGUGGCGAUGCCAUUUGAAACCAGUGUAUCAAAGAUAGACCGUGUGUGUUAAUAGAAACUAUUAAAUUAAAUGUAGCUCCCAGAAAGGUUUUCCUCUUCCAAAUGUAUUUUGUCACAAGUGCCCUGGAUCAAACAAUCAUUACAGUUGGAGAGGAGAGAUGCUAGAGUGUAUAGGAGAUGGUGAGAUGGAGGUGAAUUUUGUUUUGCACAUUACAAAGCUGAUAUAUGUUCUUAUUCAUCUCUGAGGGACUAGGACAGGACGUGCUCCUACGGCGCUCCUUUAUCAUGUUGAUGCCCUCGGGAAAAAAAACAAAACAGGGUGAAAGGCAGCUGCCUGUGGAUGAACAGUUUGUCAAAUUAUUGUCUGAUAAUGCUGCAUUUCAACCAGCGUAGACGGGGGGCUACCUCCAAGUCCUGCAGCUGCAUUUAUAUUGUUAACGAUGCAAUGGAUCGAUGGACAGUGUAAUUACUGUAGGUUUUCCAAUGUCUUGCCUCAUACCAAUGUUUACACAUGAAUGUAACCUGAUCAGAACUGUUGAAACAUUUUAGCCAAAACAACUUGAAUAAAGAUUGAUAACUGAAUUUUGUGCUUUAGCACCUACUGAUCUUUGUCUUUAAUUCUGUUUGAGCAUUUGCAGAAUUUUUAUUUGGAUGUUUUGUAUGAAGUUUUUUUUUCUUUUCUUUGUAAUGAUGUUAGGUUACAUGUUGACCUGGCAAUACCUGUGUGUUGUUUGUCUCGUUUCCAAUAAAAUGCAUGAUUAUCAUGA